ACAGGACUAAUGUCUCGUGUUUAGUUGCGGGUUUGAAAAUUCGGCGAAGAUUUUGUUGAAUGACGUGAAAAAUAGUGCGUAGAAUUUGGUGAAGUUUGUGCUGCUUUCCGGAACACAAUCCGAACUACCGACCCAGGAUCACAAAAAACCGAACAAACAUGGCAUCUCAGGAAGAAUCUCCGGUGUCUGAGGAUGCCGUUGCAGUACAGCAAGAACAGCAAGAAUCGAAGCCCCAAGAUAGUUUUAAAAAGAACAAGCGUAUCACCGGAACAGUCAAAUGGUUCAACGCAAAGGACGGAUUCGGUUUCAUAACUCGGCACGACACCGGCGAAGAUGUAUUCGUACACAGAAGUUCGAUUCUGAGACCGAACCGGCGCCAAAUCACCAAAUCGGUAGGAGACGGAGAAAUAGUAGAAUUCGGGCUGAUUGCCUCCAAGGUAACCGGCCCGGGAUUCAAGCCGGUCAAAGGAAGCCCAUUUGUGGCCACACGGGGAGGUCGCCGAAGCCGACCCUCGUCUCGCGCCAGUCAGGUGUCAAAGGAUAGCGUCAGCAAAGUAGACACCGUGGGAGACGGUGUACAAGAAAUUGAAAAGCGCACCAAAAAGCUAUCCGUCCAGUCGGCCUCGGACGAAGCCGAAUCGGAAAACGCCGCGAAACAAGUACAUUUCGAGGAAUGUGGGGAUGCUACGUCGGAAACGGUUUCGUCCAAUACGACCAACGAAUCCGAGGACUAGCUAUGGAUUACCCACCGCAGCAAAACUUCAGAACAUCUACGAAAGGACUUUUAUUUUAUCGUUUUGCUUUUUGUUUUCAUCCUCCAACUUCUGAACCGUGCGUUGGGCCUCGUUCAGUUUGAUCGCCUGAAGCUCUGAAGAAACCUUGGGAGCGGCCAGCUUUCCUAAAUUUAGAGAAAACAAAACGUGUAAUUGAUACUCCGAAAUUGACUUCAAUAAAUAAUGUGAAAAUAACCGCAAACACUA